UGGUAACAUAGACUACAAUUGUGUAAACAUUAAUAACAAUUUUAACAAAUAAUUUUAUAAUGAAUGGAAUGUCUAAAAAUAACAAAGUUUGUAAUGUAGUUUGGUUAAAACAAUCUGUGGAAAAUAUAAAAAUAAGAAUAAAAAUAAAAAAUCGCGAUGGUGUGUCUACAUUACCUACGUUCGAAGAUUAUCAAAACAAAUCCGGUAAGGAAAAUCUUGAUAAACUGGCUGAAAAUAAAAUCAUAGAUUAUUUGUUUGGAUGGCAAGAAAAAGUUUUCAGUCCUUGGGAAGUUCAAAAAUAUUCCGAAGAACAUAAUUGUAUUACAGAUGCAGAACUAAUUUAUUAUAAUAUUAUAAAGGAUUUGAAUUAUGAGUCGAGAAAUGUGUUCACCUAUGUUCAUUCUGAUUGCAAUACAGUACCUUUGCCCUUUGACAUUAAAAAGGUAGAUCAAAAUAUUAAAAAUCUAACUGAUUGUUUCGAUAAAUUGACUUUGGCAAACCGGUUCUGCGGUACAGAGAGACCUUCCGCUUCAAUGCGGCGUUUAUUUAAAAGUGAAGAAUACAUAGAAGAAAACGAACAAUGGCGAAUCAUGCAAAUUAUAUUGGACACUUCAAAAUACAAUGAGGAGGGUAAACCUAUUUUCAUGGAAGAGCACAUCCUAUUGUCACUGUACUAUAACACACACCACAACUAUCUCGUGGUGACUCCCGGUGAGAAUGACAUAGAGUCCAACUCCUACCAGGUUAAUGGUGUCCCCGGUUUCGAAUACGGCGUGGAGAUAGUUAUGCAAGAGGAGAACGGGGAGGACAUGGCCCUUUUGAUAAAAAAUCUUCUUAGGAAGUGGGAAAAGAAGUAUAAGAAGCAGUUGACAUUUUCCUUCCCACCGUUGGGAAAGAAGACUUUCUUUGUGUCGUUUGAAAUUGUGUCAGCAGUCGACUUUGAUAUCGACACCGCAUAUAUCGAGUACUAUAUUAAGAACCCAGACUAUUUGAAAAUCACGGGCGAGCUUCGCGGUCGCACACACCGUGCUCAUUUUAUAGAAAAUAAUGAAAAAAAGUUUUGGAGGUACGGACAUACUGUUGACUUGGAAAUGGAGUGUGCCACAGGGAUUGAUCCACAACCGCUAAAAAUCUAUUUAGAAGCGAUAUCAGUUGACUGGUGGGGGCGUCACAGAACUGAGGGUUAUAGCAACUUAAGUUUGACAUUACAACCCGGACGCUACAGCCAUCGCCUUUCGUGUCUUAGACCAGAAGAAAAGGACCGCGUGGUAGCUGAAACUAGAAGAUUCUUCGUCGGGGGCUGCCACUUGAUAAAAAACUUGACAGCACUCGACAAUACGCAUAUCGAGGACCCCAGUUUCCGUUUCGUAUCCACUGGAUCUAUCUACGUUAGGUGGAACGUCAUAUCCCAAAGACCAUCCCCCUCCCGCCUGCCGUCCACCCCUCAUUCUUCAUCGUCAGAACUGCUGAGGGGAGCUGAAGCAGUGCUCAGACAGUAUAAGAAGGCUAAGGCAACAUUGGCAAUAGCUGCUGGCUUGGCAAUGGAUGGUUCCGGUGAUGGAUAGUUUAAGAUUAAUUGUAAUAAAAAUAUUUCGU